AUGCUCGGGGGAGCUUCACCCCCGAAGCUUAACCGCUUUCACUUCGAGAACUUUUGGCUUCAGCAGCCAGAGUUUGUGGAAGCGGUCGGUCUACGGUGGCUGCAGGCUGCGAGCUCACCCCCGUGGGUUUUUAAUGCGGUGGAUGUGUGGCAUCACUGCGCUAAAUUGGCCCGUCAGUUCAUGAGGGGCUGGGGGGCCAACCUUGGGGCGGACCUCCGCCUUCGCAAGAGUAGUCUCUUGGAGCAGAUCCAAGCUUUAGAUCGCGUAGCUGACGCGGACGGUUUAGACGCUGAGGAGUGGCUUCAGCGAUAUGCCCUUGAGCACUCACUCAUGGAGAUCUACAAGGGUGAGGAGGUCUUCUGGCGGCAACGGAGUCGCCAGAAAUGGCUUCUGCAGGGGGAUGCCAACACUGCCUACUUCCAUGCGAUUGCUAAUGGAAGGCGCCGGAAGUGCACUAUCCCUUGCCUUUGGAGCGGGGAUCUUCUUCUGGAGGAGGCCAGGGAGAUCUCAGCCCAUAUCUACUCCUUUUAUAAGGAGCUUUUCGAGGCCGGCCCCAGGACGGGGGUCGCCCUUGCCGAGGAUCUAUGGCCGGCUAGGGCCUGGGUCUCGGAGGCCGAGAAUACGGAACUCACACUCCCUUUCCUGGCAACUGAGGUCAGGGAGGCGGUGAUGGGCAUGAGGGCCAACUCGGCCCCUGGCCCUGAUGGCUUUCCUGUGGUGUUCUUCUAG